CUAGUCUAUGGUUAGGACCUGACUAACCCAAACUAAUCUCAGCAGCAAUGGAGCAAAGACUGAUUCGUUUCUUUUUGCUCUCAGGGCUUCUGUCAGUCAUUUUGUGCGUUUCACGCCAGUAUAUUCUGAUCAAAGAGUAUAAAACAUGGGACGAGGCUCAAGAUUACUGUCGACAGAACUACAUUGACCUGGCCACUGUCCAGACUGAUGAAGAGUGGAGCGAAGUAGACAAGUUAAGAAAUGAAAUACAGUUUUACAUCUGGAUCGGACUGUAUGACGAUGUGGAUACGUGGCGCUGGUCUUUUCAAAAUGAAAACGUGACUUUCUUAGGGUGGGAUUCUGAUCAGCCAAACAAUUUGAACGGAAAGCAAUACUGUGUAAAUCUACGGACGACUGGAUACUGGUGGGAUGAAGCCUGUGAUUUGUUGUGUUCCGUUUUUUGCCAAAGUGGUGAAGGACAGCCAGUGCUAGUUACUGAUCCAGUGAUGUCCUGGAAUGACGCUCAGAAUUACUGCAGAGAAAACGACACCGACUUGUUCACCAUCAGGAACGUGGAUGUCAAUCAACAGCUGACCACGAUGAUCAAAGGACACACGUGUGCCUGGAUCGGUCUGUUCAGAGACUCGUGGAAGUGGUCCGGUCAGAACGACACGAGCUCUUCUCUGCGAUGGGCUGCAGGACAGCCGGAUAAUUUUUACGGUGGAGAAUCGUGCGCUGCUUUAGAUAACCGUGCUCAGAUUGCUGAUGAAAGCUGCUCAACAUUGUAUUACUUCUUAUGCCAAGCAUCUUACGUGAAGCAUCAGAUACUGAAACUGAAGGUGAAAGCGGGAGAUAAUGUGAAUGAUCAAGCCAUUGCAGCCAGUGUGUUAUAUAAGAUCCAGCAGAAACUGCGAGAGCAGGGAAUGGCAGCGGAUGUGAAGCUAUCAUGGCGGUGGCAGCUGAACGGAAAGGUGUUCCAAAAACUUCACAACGAAACGGAGUCCCAAACACUUCCAACCGGAUCGACAGACAUGAACAUAGAACUCUCACAGUAACACAUGGUUAAAUAUUACCAGUGACAAACUUCAAUAGAGGACUUCAGAUUUGUAGUGUGUAAUAUGUAAUGUUUAGUACUCAAAUUAAAAUGAAUUAGUUCAUUAAAUGUAGUUGACUAUACAGAUACAUAUUUUAGAGAAUUUUACAAUAGGUGUUUGCAUUAGUGUGAAUUACAUGACGAUUGUUUCAUUUUAGUUUCUUGCACUGCAGAAAAAAAAGA